AACAGCGCGAAAAGUUAGUUAUUAGCAAACCGAUUAAUAAAUCUGAUAAAGAAAUAAGAAGAGAGAGAAACGGAACGAAACAAAGUAGAGUAACAUUUAUAUGCGAGAUUAUAAUUUAUUGUCAUAAUUUUUUUUUCUUUUUGCAAAAUGCCAUCUGUUUCAUAUUUGCACAAGUGGGCUCUAGGGUUAGGAGCAGUAGGCAGUGCAAUAUUUUAUUAUUAUAAUGCAAAGGUUCAUACGGAUUCCUGGCAAGUGCAUAAUUCGUGGACGACGAAUUACACACCCUUGGUAAAAUGGGACCAUAAUUGGGAUAGGAGAGAUCCAAAGAGCUUGGUGAAGCCAAUGGAAAUAAAUAGUGAAAAUGAUGAAAAUAAGUAUAAUGAAAAGUUUGAAGCAAAGAAAGCAAAAGCUGUGCGACAUAUAAUUUUGAUUCGACACGGACAAUAUUUUUUAGAUGGAAAAACAGAUGCUGAAAGAGUGCUAACUGAACUUGGCAGAAAGCAAGCUGAAGCAACAGGAAAAAGGCUAGCAGAGUUAAAUUUACCUUACUCAUUGAUAGUAAGAUCUACAAUGACACGUGCUCUAGAAACAUCUAAAAUUAUAGAAAAAAGUCUUAUAAAUGUGCCUGUUGAGGAUGAUAGUAUGUUAAUCGAAGGUGCGCCUAUACCUCCGGAACCACCUAUUGGUCAAUGGAGAUCUGAGAAACAUUUCUUUCAGGAUGGACCCAGAAUAGAAGCAGCAUUUAGAAAGUAUUUUCAUCGUGCGGAUCCCAGUCAGCAGCGUGAUUCUUACACUGUUCUUGUAUGUCAUGCAAAUGUUAUCAGAUAUUUCGUUUGUCGAGCAUUGCAGUUUCCACCAGAAGCAUGGCUACGAAUAUGCUUGAAACAUGGAAGCAUUACUUGGCUUUGCAUUCUUCCCAGUGGUAGAGUCACACUCUUUUGUUUAGGUGAUACAGGAUACAUGUUACCACAAAAUGUAACAUCUAGUUAAAAGUGCAUGAUAUCAUAUAUGGACAAGUCAUAUACAGAUCAUAUCAUGUAUAAACAUAUAAUAAAUAUUAGAAUUAUUGAAAUGCAUAUGUAUAUACAUAUGUAUGUUUACAUCAAAAGACUGCAUUUUACAAUAAUAUAAAUUUAUAUAUAUCAUCA